CAAAGGGAGUGGGCGCUCAUUGGCUCCGGCCGUGUGCGCUCUGUUGUUCCCCAGCCAGAGGAGCUCGGCCCCCAUUCACAUGUUAAUAAGCCCCUAUAAAUACUAACAACAGCCAUUCAGCGCCAGCAGCACGCCGCACUGGGAUUGCGCAGGGAACACACGUCGCCUCCGAGUUGGGUCGACUUUUUUUUUUUCUUGCUGUAACCGGUUCCGUUUGGCAGCUGCCCCUUUGACGGCUCGAACGGGGAGAGAGAGAGAGAGAGAGAGAGAACGGUGGGACACCCCAGCGACGAUCCCGAUCCAAACAACAUGGCCCCUUCGGCUCGGCCCAGCCACACCGGACUGAUGGAAGAGGACGAGUCCUACUAUGGGAUUCAGAAAUCGGACAGAAAGACCAGGAAGCCGCUGGUGGAGAAGAAGAGACGGGCGCGCAUCAACGAGAGUUUGCAGGAGCUGCGGACUUUGCUGGCGGACACGGACUUUCAUUCCAAGAUGGAGAACGCAGAGGUGCUCGAGAUGACCGUGAAGAAGGUGGAGGACAUCCUGAAGAACAGGACCCAAGAAUCGGAGACGCUCAGCCAGGAGGCCGGUGAGCGGUUCGCAGCAGGCUACAUCCAGUGCAUGCACGAGGUCCACAUGUUCGUGUCCAGCUGCCCCGGGAUCGACGCCACGGUGGCGGCCGAGCUCCUCAACCACCUGCUGGAGUGCAUGCCCCUGAACGAGGAGCAGCUCCAGGACGUGCUGUCGGACCUCGCGGCGGACUCCUGCGGGAGCGCGCUCCUCCCCGGCCGCUCGGCGCCGUCCCCGGCGCCUUCCACCGCGUCCAGCGAGGACCUGUGCUCUGACCUGGACGAGACCGACAGCGAGCACAACCAGAGCGCCACAGAGAGGACGGAGAGCGGGGAGGCCCUGAGCACCGUGGCCUAUCCCCGGUCAAUGUGGAGGCCCUGGUAGAAGACUGCGUGACAUACAUUUGGGAUACAAUGUAGCAUCAGAGUCCUCUCAAUAUUUGACACCGGAUAAGGAAAUAAAUCCACCUCAUGCACAGUUUAAUGAGUGUAUAUACUCUACUGGACUCAUUCGGACCACACGCAUGGAUUAUCAGCCGGACUGAGCUUCAACCCUGACACAAACACAUCUCUGGCCUUCUGUUUUCCUUCAGAGCGGCGACUUUGUGACCUUCCUGUGGCCUUUUGGGAACUGUAGGAAACCACCGAGUGAAGUAGAAGUUGCCAAUAAGCAGCUCUCACCUGUUUUAUCCGCCAGAAAGCUGAAGGGUGGCGUGAUCACAGUUCAGUUUGAAGAGCUUCUGGGGCUUUUCGGACAGUUUACUCUCGGUUUUCAGCCGCUGUUGUGGCUUUUUCUGAAACUCAAUACACUUAUAACUAAAAAACAGACAGAAGGCAAACUAUUCUCACUUCUCUUUUGUCAACAGCUGUGUAUAUAUAGGAUUUGUUCGAGGAGAAAAGCUCUUUUAGAAGUUUGGCGAUGCCUCUAAUUAAUAUAAAUAUUUGUAUUGUAUUUCAUCCAGAUUUGUAGUUUAUUGGCCCAGUAGCUUCACUGAGAAUGGCAUUAUGUAGCCAGAAUGUUUAGAUUUUGCCAGUAUAAUGUCUGACUUUGAUAAAUAAAACAAGAUACUUGCCA